AUGGAUUCACUGUUUCACCACCACCAGACCGCGGUAUCACCACUUUUACGCCCAAUGACUGUUCCGCUUCCAACAGGUCUGUCCGUGAUUCCAUGUCAUUUUACCCCAAGGGUUCCUGGAUACUCUGUUGGUUUUCCAGCAGUGCCGAUGCCGCCGUUUCCUAUUCCUGCGCCAGCCAUAUCAGCCAUUAUUUCUUCCAACAAGCAGUCCGUUAUUGACAGGAAAUUGCGGCGUAAAGCCGAAACGCACAAGACUAUACCUUGUCGAGCAUGGAAAGACACUGGUCGGUGUAAUUACGGAGCUCGUUGUAAAUUUGCUCACGGCGACGAAGAUUUAAGAAAAGUACCGGUGGAACCAGCUAAAUUGUUCAAUAAUCCUCGGUACCGCACAGAGUUGUGCGUGAAGUACCACUACCUUGGAUCGUGCCCUUAUGGAGACCGGUGUUCAUACAUUCAUGAACCAACUCCACAAGUUGACCUUGAAAGGUGCUUAGAAGAGCUCUCCACUGACUCAUCGGCCUCUAGCCAAAAUCAUGUACCUGGAGAUGGCGACGCAUUUCUAGAUCUGCACGAAGAGGAAACUACAAAAGACGCAGGGUCCAGUGACAAGGGUAAACAGGAACCUCCAAAUGUUUUCCGUGAUCCUUUCGUGUCUGAAGAGGAAAAAGAAAACAUUGAGUUAACUCCGCUACCAUUUAUGGAAUCAUUUUUAAAAAGGCCAUUCCACGAAUACAGUCAAGAUCUUUAUGUUCAUCGUUCAGGAAGAUGCGAACUGCAAGCUGAAGCUCUUCAAAUAUUAGAAUUGCUUCAAAUGCGGACAAAACCGGAAAGAGUUGCUGUGCCCAGCGACCACCCCUUUUCACCUCCUUUUGACUAG